AUGGUAUUUCGGCACCGCCCUAUCCCUAUCCCUCACCGUAAAAUUACACCGAACCAGGGUUCAGGCGUUACAGCACCGUUCCUCUCAGAAGGAUGUCUUCUGGCUCGCAAUUCGUUCCCUGUGGUGGUGACCUAUGGGUUACAGAACAGUCUGCAGACGGGGUCGCUGCUGGUAGUCGGUCGCUUGUCCCCGGAAACCCUGGCAGCGGCUGCAUUUGCCUUCAUGUUCGCCACUGCUACCGCCUGGCUCAUAGCCCUUGGAGGAACCACCGCCCUCGAUACUCUAGCCUCAACCGCAUUCACCGGCAGCACCAACAAAUCCCAGCUCGGCAUAUAUCUGCAGCGAGCCUUUGUGGUCCUGGGACUGCUCUAUCUUCCUGUCACGGUACUUUGGUGCUGGUCGGAACAUCUCUUCCUCGCCCUGCGACAAGAGCCCCAGCUAGCGAAAGAUGCCGCCCACUUUCUUAUCUACCUCAUUCCGGGUGGGUUGGGUUAUAUCUACUUCGAGGCCCUGAAAAAGUAUUUGCAAGCGCAGGGCAUCAAUUCCCCAAGCACUUAUGUCCUUCUGCUGGUAGCGCCCAUCAACAUUGGUCUCAACUAUCUUCUCUGUAAUAUCUGGGGGUUCGGGCUGCUGGGGGCCCCUGUCGCGACCGGAUUAUGUUACUGGCUAUGCUUCGGCCUACUAGCUCUGUACACGGCAUUGGUUGCAGGCCAUGAAUGCUGGGGGGGCCUAUCCAGGGAGGCUUUCCAGAACAUGGGGAUAUUCGUCCGGCUGACCGUGCUGGGGAUUCUGCAUGUUGGCGCGGAAUGGAUGGCAUUUGAGAUUGUCGCGGUCGCAGCCGGCUGGCUGGGGUCGACAUCCAUGGCAGCCCAGAGUGUGAUCAUGACCUCAGAUCAGAUCCUCAACACCAUUCCUUUUGGUAUUGGGGUGGCGGCGUCGAAUCGAGUGGGCAACCGUCUCGGGGCCCGCGACGCCAAGGGGGCCGCGCGCUCGGCCCAUGCGGCCACCGCAUUAUGUGUCAUCGUGGGCGCCCUCGUCCUUGUUGUCCUGACCUUGACCCGGUACCAGUUUGCCAAGAUUUUCACCGAUGAUCCCGCGGUCAUCAAGUUGACCGGGGAUGUCAUGCCAUAUGUGGCCGCCUUCCAAAUCGCGGAUGGGUUGAAUGCCAGCUGUGGCGGGACUCUGCGAGGCAUCGGCAAACAGCAUCUCGGCGCCGCAAUCAACAUUUUUACGUAUUACGCGGCAGCUUUGCCCCUGGGCAUCUGGCUUUCCAGGCAUGGUCAUGGAUUGGCGGGUCUCUGGGUUGGCCAAUGUCUGGCUCUCUAUACCGUGGGCCUCCUGGAAUAUGCGCUUGUCGCCGCGACCAAGUGGGAUCAGGAGGUCCUGAAAGCAUUUGACAGGAUGGAUCACGGAAUCGAAGAGACCGAGCACACACAAGCAUAGUGUCG